AACGAAGCUCCGGACCAGUGGUGUUGGCUUUCCUGCUCCUACUGCGUCCAAAGUGUAUGCAUAGGGCAUUUCAGAACAGGCCCCCAGUUUCUGGUGUUUCCUCGGGCUGGCCACAGAAGUGCCCUCUGCUGCGUCACGCAGGAUGAGUGGAAACUAGGUGUGGCCACAGACCGCUUCUUACGAAAGCUAGACCUCUUCCUUAAGGAGCCCAUGAGAGACGCCGUGGACAAGAAGAAGCUGGAGCAGCUUUACAACAGGUACAAAGACCCACAAGAUGAAAAUAAAAUUGGAAUUGAUGGGAUUCAACAGUUUUGUGAUGACUUAAGCCUUGAUCCUGCCAGUGUCAGCGUUUUGGUUAUAGCAUGGAAAUUCAAGGCAGCGACACAAUGUGAAUUUAGCAAAAAGGAGUUUGUAGAUGGCAUGACAGAGCUUGGGUGUGACAGCACGGAGAAGCUGAGAGCCCUUCUGCCAAGAUUAGAGCAGGAACUGAAGGACACAGUGAAGUUUAAGGAUUUUUAUCAGUUUACCUUUACCUUCGCUAAGAACCCCGGGCAGAAGGGUUUAGACUUAGAAAUGGCCGUUGCAUACUGGAAUUUAGUAUUAUCUGGAAGGUUUAAGUUUUUAGAUCUUUGGAACACCUUCUUAUUGGAGCAUCACAAAAGAUCAAUCCCAAGGGACACUUGGAACCUUCUGCUAGAUUUUGGAAAUAUGAUUGCUGAUGAUAUGUCUAACUAUGACGAAGAAGGAGCAUGGCCUGUUCUCAUAGACGAUUUCGUAGAAUACGCGCGACCAGUCGUCACGGGCAGUAAGCGCAGCCCUUUCUAGGCAGAAAAUUAAGAUGCGUUAAGAUGCUGAGAGGAAGUGCCUCCUGCAAGGGGACGCUUGGCUCGUCACUGGCCGGGAGUGGUCAUCAGCUGGCCAGGGUGUGGCGUGGCCUCUCCCUGCUACAGAAAGGGUUGAGUUGGACACAGAAGGAGCGCCUCGGCAGACGUGGCUUUGGGAGGCCUGGGGUGGCCCUGUGGCUGUUGCUUUAGAAGAUUUCUGCAUGGUUUUUAUUAUACUUGUGAAAAGUAACUCAGCCUGUUUGCAGAGUGGCAGAGCCUGCUGUUUAAUUCAUGAUGUCAGGUGAACACCAGCAGGGACCAUAGGUCCUGCUGAGCUAGCUUGCAAUUCCACUUAAAAAACGGGAUUUGUGUCCUUGGCAGGACGUUAUAAUUUUUAUGCUGGUAACCAUGUGCCCUAAAGAAGAUCUGACACGGAUUCUAACAUUUUAUAAACUUGGUGCCAAGAAUUCAAGAUUUGUAUUUUCUGAAUUAUCAAAUAUCUAGAUUUAUUAGAUCUAUUUUUAUUUUAAUUCCCUGUGGAUGUUCCCAUGAAAGUCACUGCACAGCUCUCACUGUGUCACAGUUUGCCCAGUGAUGGCACAUGUGGGGUGUGACUCCAGGGACGUGUCACAGUAAACCGCUGACAAAUCGGCGGCUCUUUUCCUUCCAAUGUCAUUUGGACGAGCUUCCUAAUAAGUUUUAUAAAGUGUGUUUUUUUAAAAAAAUGUAUUUUAUUACAUUUAAAAAGACCUUUUCCCAUAAAAAUAUUUCUUUUACAAGCAACAAAUUAUAGAUUUAAAAGUCAAGUGAGUUGGUUCUUUCUAGUGGUCCUUGAGGCCUGUCACCCACCCUUUGGCCGUGUGCAUGGUUGUGAACAUCCGAAAGCCACAGCACACAUCGUCACCCAAAAACACCCACAUGGAAACCUCCCCUGUUUCCACCUGAAGCCCGUGCUUGUCACGGUGCCCUCUGGUUCUUCGGUGUUUGCUGGCCAGAGAAGCACAUCCGGUGAGGCACGGACGCCCUGGCAUGCCAUCCAAAGGUGGAAGGCCUGUGAUGCCACCUGAUUUCCUUUUGGAAGAAACUGUGUGUUCUGAACAUCACUCUGUGGACCCUACCUCAUAUGUGAAAAGAUCUUCAUAUCACAAGUGUGCCUCCUGCCCACCUGCAACCCACCUGACGAGUCAAAUGAAUUGGGGUCACUUGGUGGGAGAGAAGUAGUUCCCUCUGACUUUCUGUAAAUGGACAGUGUGCCUGAAAUGUGUACUUGAGUUGACUUUUUGGAGAUGUGGUUCAGCAUUUAAGGAAGUGUCUGUGCCCAGGGAGGGGGGUUUGCAUCCUUGCUGUGUGUGAACUGUGUGUACUUCAGAGACAGCAGGCUGUGCGGGGCCCGGGAGGGGGCUUGAGGCCUGGACACCACAGUCGGGGCUGGGGCGGUGCCUAGCAAGGGGCAUGACAGAGUCACCUGGCUUCUCCACGGCUGUGGAGGAAGAGGGAGGGCGUCUCUGCCUGCGAGCCUGUGGCUGUAAGAGCACUUAUUCUUAUAAGAAUCUCCACAGUUUUAAACAUCCUCCAAGGCUUCGCAGGUUCUUGCUACAUAAGUGUUCUGCUUGGAUGAGGCUGAGGAACUUGGGUAAUCUUGCACGAAUUCUGGAGGUCCGCAGCGCCUUCUCAUUGUUAAUAUUCAGCGUUAUGGUGGGGAAGUUCUAUGUGCUUGUUUUUUCAGUAGAUGACACAAUCCUAGUGGUUGGACAAAGGCUCUUCAAAAAACUGUGGGUUUCUUUUUUUGCUAUUACACAUAUUUAAGGCAUGCAUGCUAUGGAAGUACUGAGAGCUUCAGAAACAUUAAAAUAAAUUAUUUUUUCUGGUGUGGUA